ACUCUCGUAACUUUUGGUGUUUCCGCCAUUUUGAGCAGAGGAAGACCGAGGAAGUUUACUCAUUUGUAUCUCUAAUUUGAGACAAAUUUUAACUGAUUUCCGUGCUGCAACAUUUGAAACAGGCAGGGUAGCAAUUGGACAAGCCGUGUGUUCACUGUUAAAUGCUGACCCACCUGACAUCCUGUGAACGCGACUGAUACAGCGACAGGUACUACGAUAGGGCAGCAUGACAAGGAAAAGGACAUCCCAAAGGCUCACAAAGGAACAGACACGUGUAAGCUCGAUCCCACUAGAAAUAAAGUCCUCUUCACGCCGAAAUACACAGGCCCAAACAAGACGUUCAAACAGGUGUGUAGCAGAAGGUGUGAAGGGCACACUUCACAUCUGUGAAGAGUGUGGAUUCAAGGCUGCUUACAAGUCCCACUUGUCCCGACAUUUGAGAAAACAUACAGGUGAGAGGCCCUACAAGUGUGACAAGUGCGAAUUUUCUGCCGCGCAGAAGUACAAUCUAGAUCAGCACAAACUUAGACACAGCGGUGAGAAGCCCUACAUUUGUGGAGAGUGCGGAUACAGGACGGCUCACAAGUCCAGCAUUUCUGUACACAUGAGGACACACACUGGUUCAAAACCCUACAAGUGUAAUCAGUGCAACUAUUCUGCUGCACAGAAAAACAACGUAACGCAACACAUGCUCAAACAUAGCAGGGAGAAACCCUACAUAUGUGGGGAGUGUGGGUACAGGGCCAGUCGGAAAUCCUAUGUAACUGCGCAUAUAAGAAGACAAACAUGUAGAAAACCUUUCCAAUGUGACAUUUGUGACUUCCGUGCUACACUGAAAGGCCAUUUAGACCAACACAUGACUGAACACAUGAGUGAGAAUCCCUUCGUGGACGAAGAGAAUGGAUGCAGUUCAGCUAAACCAUCCCGACAGUGCAACCAUUCAACCGCUAUGAAAAUAAGAUUUAAGCAACACAUGGCCAAUCACACUGACGGGAAAACCUUCUUGCGUGGAAAAGGCAAGAAAAGGACGGUAGACAGAUCAUCACGAACCAAACAUACUAGGAAUCAGGCAGACGACAAAGCCUACAAAUGUGACCAGUGUGACUAUUCUGCGAAACAGAAACUCCGUUUGGAUGUCCACAAGGCCAAGCACACCGGAGACAUACCAUUCGUGUGUGGGGAGUGUGGGUACAGCACGGCUGACAAAUCUUGCCUAUACCGACACAUGAGAAAACAUACGGGCGAGAAACCCUACAGAUGCGACCUGUGUGACUAUUCUUCCGCACAUAGAAUCAGUUUGGUCCAGCACAUGACUGAGCACACUGGCGUUAAACCCUACAAGUGUGAGGAGUGUGGAUACAGGACGGCUGUCAGCUGUAAUCUAUCCCGACACAUGGCGCGACACACCGGUCAGAAAGCCUACAUGUGCGGAGAAUGCGGGUACAGAACAGUGAACAGUGACCACCUGAAAGUACAUAUGAGAAAACAUACGGGUGAGAAGCCCUACAAGUGUGAGCAAUGUGACUUUUCCUCUGCGCGGAAAGGUACUUUGCGACAACACAUGGCUCAACACACGGGUGAGAAAGCCUUCAUGUGUGGGGAGUGCGGGUACAGGGCAGUGCAGAAAAUUAAUCUGUCCCGCCAUAUGAAAAAACACACUGGUCAAAAACCUACAGUGUGAUCAGCAUCAUUUGAAAAUGUAGAGUUAAAAGUUGGCACUCUGCUAACAUCACAUGUAAUUUGAAGGAUUUUUUGGUCAGUUUUGAGUGGCAUAUCAUCAUUUUUUAAUGUACAGACACUGUUGAACAAGCAAAUAAUAGCAAAACACAACUACCCUAGUUAAAAAUUAGCGUUGUGGCCCUUAUUUUAGCGUAGUGGUCACAAACUAUAGCACAGUGGCCCACUAAAAUGCACUUUAAGAUAUUAGCCAAUCAGCAUAAGAUAUUGUAGUAGAUACUAUUUUAGAUAAUACAUUUGUACAUAGUUUUUUUGCACAUUUGCACUUAGAAUAUAGAUAGAAUAUACUUAAGUUAUAUCCUAUCAUUGUUAAAUCCCAUUUGUAUUGUCUCUGUUUUUGUUAGCAGGGCUAGCCCUUUGUAGUAGCCACAGGCUACUUUGGGCAGCCCUGGCUGUGCGUGCUGAACAGCCAAUCCAAUAAAUAAUAAAUAAGAUACGUAUAUCUAUAUGUAAUUAUGUACAUUUUUUAAAAAUUCUAUCCAUACCUUGACUAAAAUUCGUAGAUGUUUUUGUGUAGCAUUGUAGCCUCUGUGCUGUAAAUAGUCUACCAAUGUACACCAGUAUCUUAGAUAAGUGCCUAGAAGCAAGGAGGUUAAUACUUUAGGAAGGAGUAAAACUUCAUGCUCGCAGCCAACAUAGAACAAUGAGCUGUCUAGUUUCCCUACAGCGCCUCAAAGAUAGUGUUAAAGCUGGCCAUGUAGUAUAGCCAGUACCUGUUUGACUCCCUUUGGCCGGCUAUACUCCUUGGCCAGCUUUGAUACUAUCUCUAAGGCACCUUAUGGUCUGCUUGGAUACAAGAAAGCUCAUUGUUCUAUGUUGGCUGCGAGCAUGAAGUUUUAACCUUCUUAGUUUAUUGUAAAUUCAUCAGGAGGGCUAAUUGCAGGUAACAUAAAAGGAGACAAACAAACAAAUAGUGUAGAAGUUAGUAUAGAAUAUGUCUACUCUAGUCUAAAAGCUAACACUAAACUGUAACUCUUUUACUGAGGCAGUGCAAGAUGAAGGACCCCACCUUUUCUAUGAUGUGUGGGUUCUGUGAGGGUAGUUUACUUAGGAGGUUAAGUUAAUAAGAGAUAAUAAAAAAUGGCUGUCUAGAGAGAGACAGGAAUACAGGAGAGAGGAUGCGACAGUGUGGAAUAAAGAUUGUUCCGCUGCAA